AUGCAAGCCGACCCUGAAAUCCAGAAUGCGGUGUCAAUCUUGCAGGAGUACAUACAGAGCUGUUCGGACUUUCCCCCACAUUCCCGCAUUUUGAUGUGGAACUUUGAGAAGCGACUGCAGGAGGACUCCUUGUUACAGUUCCGUGCCACUGUGUCCUUUGUCUUCAAGCAGGUGCCACAUUAUUUCCGUGGCAGCUGGCAGACCUCCAAGAAAAAGGCAAAGCGGGCAGUUGGUUAG